UAAAACUCUUAACUCCUCUCCGUUUGGACGGAAGGAAGCCCACCCGCCGCCGUGCAUGGAAGUGGUCGGGGGCAGCGAGCAGCGUCUGACCAUCAGCAACAACAACAACAGCAGCAGCAGCAGCAGUAGCGAGACUCCUCGAGGAAGCGCGCGCGCGGCGCCGCCAGCAUGGCUCACUCGGGCAGCUGCCACUGCGGCGGGGAGCGCGCGCACAGCAGCAGCAUCCUCUACAGCAUCCUGAAGAGCGACGGCCAGGCCGCGCCGCACGCGCCACACGCGCCCCGCAACCCGCGCCUGGCCGUGUCCAUGCACGCGUGCGCUUGCGGCGCCAAGAAGCAGGUGGCCCUGCGCUCGCCGCACAGCACGUGCAAAGCCGCGUCCGCCGUGCUCGUCAAGACGCUGAAGUUCGUGAAGAACGUGCCCUGCUUCCGCGAGCUGCCCAUCGACGACCAGCACGCGCUGGUGCGCUCCAGCUGGGCGCCGCUGCUCGUGCUCGGCAUGGCGCAGGACCGCAUCGACUUCGAGACGGCGGAGACCCCCGAGCCCAGCCUGCUGCAGCGCAUCCUCACCAGCGGACAGCCCGCCGAGCCGCGGGACAGCGCGCGACUCCGCGCGCACGCCGGACACGUGGCGCUCGCGGACGUUCAGGCCAUCAAAAUGUUCCUCAGUAAGUGCUGGAGUCUCGACAUCAGCACCAAGGAGUACGCGUACCUGAAAGGAGCCAUCCUCUUCAACCCGGACGUGGCAGGACUGCAGUGCCAGCGCUACAUCCAGGGGCUUCAGAGUGAGGCGCACCAGGCACUGAAUGAAUAUGUGAAGAUGAUCCACGGAGGAGACACUGCGAGGUUCGCCAAGCUCUUCAUCGCGCUCUCCAUGCUGCGCUCCAUCAACGCCAAUGUGGUGGCAGGGCUCUUCUUCACCCCGGUCAUCGGCACCGUGAACAUGGAGGAACUGCUGCUCGACAUGUUUUACGGGAAGUAGUAGAAGUUUUAGCGGCUCUCCCUCAAACGGACCGAGGCAGCAUGUGCUCACUCGCACUCACAGGGACUGCUGGGUGGGCUGCCAGUGCGCAUGCACCCUCCACAAGAACGUACUCCUUUUUACACACGCUAUUUUUGUACUAUAGCUCCCGGACAGUGUUUUUCCUCUUUGCCUUCUGAGUUGAACUCAUCGCUGAAUCCAAAGUCUGACGUCGUUCCCUUUUGGGAAAAUAGCUUUACGCUCUCUCUUUUUGGUUGUUGUUGUUGUUGUGGUUUCUCUUAAGUUCAUUAGCUUUCCUGUGUGUGUUGCAUUGUGCAGCCGUCUGAUGAAAUAAACUAUUUAUUGGAGUA